AUGGCAUUUAAAUGUACGGAGGAAAAAUGUGACAAAUGUUUCAAGUUUAAAUGUGAAUGUGAGGAAAACUUUUACGAUACAAACGAAGGUGAGACCAGUGAACUUAACAAUAUUAACUGUGACAAGAAACGUGAGCUAAGUUUAUCUCCCGCCGAAACUCAACAAGAGAAAAAACACAAAAAACAAAUUAACAAAGAUCACGACUCAUCAGUGCGAAACGAUGCAACAUUCUCUAAAGACUACUCAAACAUCUCACCACCAACUGAAUACCGCACGCCGAAACGAAACAUUGAAAACCACGAAAGCGAAUGUCACGAUUCACCCCAAAGCGAACCCGAACAGUCAAUGGAAAGUGACGAAUCCGAUGAAAACGGAACAUUAAUAAAAUAUAAGAGAAUACCGGUAGACAAAAAG